AUGACGGUUGGCUUCGGUAUGGAUCUUGACGAGGAAUCAAAAAAUACUGGUUGCAUGGAACUCCAGCCCACCACUGGACCGGAAAUAUCAAUGCCAGUGGUAAUUACGACAGAACAUGACAUCGGAACUCCCUUUUCUCAUCAAGAGGAAGCUGUGUGUUUCGGAUGUGGGUCAGUAAUUUACGAUCCCUUCAUAAUGCACGUACAACCCGAUCUCAAAUGGCAUGGACGGUGUCUCAAGUGCCACAAAUGUGAACGAGGACUCUCAGAUCAAACCUCUUGUUUUGUGCGCAAUGGAAAAGCAUACUGCAGGGAGGACUACUGCAACAGUAGCUUUCUUCAGCGUUGUGCUGGAUGCCAGCAACCCAUUACAAAGGCGGAUUUAGUUCUGCGUAUUCGUAGCCAGACCUUCCAUUUGGGGUGCUUCCGUUGUGUUGUGUGCUCCACAAUUCUUCAGCCGGGCGAAGAAAUCGCCUAUCGACGCGAUAUGCCUUACUGCCUUCGUGAUGCGAAAUUGGCGAUGCCUGACAAAUGGAUUGAUAAUGAAGCAAGUAGCGCUUUCUCAAAUGCGAUUUCUACGGCAACAACACUAGCAGAAUGCGACACCUCAGAACCCAAAGUCCUCACUCUCCUCUCGCCUGCUGUUCCAUCUGCAAAUAUAAAACCAAUGGAAGAGCACCAAGCACAGCACCAAGGCUCAAUUAAAUUGUUAAAUGGUGGGGACUCGAGCACCUACUUUAGUCCACAGCCCCAACAUCGAACUCGAUCAGACAGUACAUCUAGUUCACUGGAUGGACCAAUGGGAGAUAACGGUGUAGCUAUGACUCCAAAUUCUGAUGGUAGUCCAGAUGAUGACGACUGCAGUAGUCUCUUCGGUUGCAUGACUUCAGCUGCCGUCUCGUGUUUGAGUGGCGACACGUCUUCUCAGCAGCAUGGUGCCCCCAAUUCUAUGAAUGCCGGCACCGCUGACUCCAUGUCUGCUCAUCCUGGAGGACUUCACGGUGGACAUCUCAAUCGUGGGGGUCCCAGUGGUAAAAGCAAACGAUCCAAAGAGCAGAAGACUACCAGAGUAAGGACAGUUCUUAAUGAGAAACAAUUGCAUAUGCUACGAACUUGUUAUGCGGCGAAUCCUCGCCCUGAUGCUUUAAUGAAAGAACAAUUGGUCGAAAUGACAGGACUCAGUCCAAGAGUCAUUCGUGUCUGGUUCCAGAACAAACGCUGCAAGGAUAAGAAAAAACAAAUUAUGAUCAAGCAGAUGGAACAACAUCACCAGAAUGGAAUGCAUCCUUGCGGAUUACAAGGUGUUCCAAUGAUAGCCGGGAGUCCAUUACCCAAUGACCCAAGUAUGCUCUGUUCCAGUUCGGGUAUUGACGUUCAGCGCAUUUCAGGAGAUGGGGGUAAUACUGGUGGUGGCACAUCAACUCCAAUGAAGCCAGACGAGUCCACACCACCACCAGCCCCUCCUUCAACUUCCCAUUCUCAUCGAUUUUCGCCUUCGGGAUAUCCACCAACGCAGGGACCACCAUCCCAUAUGUUCACUGGAAUGCUGCCACCUAUCUCACAUGUUGACGUAAAACAGCAGCAGCAGCAGCAGCCAAAUUCCACUCCAGCUUCAAGUUCGGGUGCAAAUGGUGGGGGACACAUGAUGUUAUCAUCGUCGAUGGGAGACGAUGGACCAUUUCCGCCAUUUCAACAACUGGUAUCAACUUUUGAUCUAAUGGAUCCAAUGCAAAGAGGACCACAUGGGGGACAUGAUGAUGGGUUCAUGAGUGGCAAUCGGAUGUCUUACGGGGGUCCAGGUGGUCCCGGACAAUCGAGCGGUCCCAUGGAUGGACCUUCUCCCUUUGUCUUCCCCAUGGGUGAUCCCACCUUCACAACCCUUCGACCAAUCAGCUUGCGGCCUCCUUCGUUAUCUACCUGA